GGCGGGGACUCUGGAUCCCACAUUCCACGCCCCUUCCCCGUUGCUUAAACCAAGCUUUGGACGAAGGCCGGCGGGCGGGAGCGAGCGUGCCGGCGGGGGGAGGGGAAGAACGGUCUCCCUGGCGACUGUUUCCCAGACGACUCCGGGUGAGCGCGACGCUGCACGUGGCAACAGGCCUCCGCGUGCCCCUCACUGAGGACGGCUGGUAUCUAUUUCAAAUUCUGGGACAGAGUCUUGGGCAGUCAUUAGAGCGAGUGGGGGAAAGCUCUGCGAAGAGCAAAUUUGGGGCUGCCUGAUGCCCCAGGCCAAGCCUAAUAUUGGAAGACAGCUGGCAGAGAGAGAAGAUGGCUACCAUGGAAUCACCAGAGGAGCCUGGAGCAUCCAUGGAUGAGAACUACUUUGUGAACUACACUUUCAAAGAUCGGUCACAUUCAGGCCGUGUAGCUCAGGGCAUCAUGAAACUGUGCCUGGAGGAAGAGCUCUUUGCUGAUGUCACUAUUUCAGUGGAAGGCCGGGAGUUUCAACUCCACCGGCUGGUCCUCUCAGCUCAGAGCUGCUUCUUCCGGUCCAUGUUCACUUCCAACCUGAAGGAGGCCCACAACCGGGUGAUUGUGCUGCAGGAUGUCAGUGAGUCCGUUUUCCAGCUCCUGGUUGAUUAUAUCUACCAUGGAACUGUGAAACUUCGAGCUGAUGAGCUGCAGGAAAUUUAUGAGGUGUCAGACAUGUAUCAGCUGACAUCUCUCUUUGAGGAAUGUUCGAGGUUUUUGGCCCGCACAGUGCAGGUGGGGAACUGCCUUCAGGUGAUGUGGCUAGCAGAUCGGCACAGUGAUCCCGAGCUCUACACUGCUGCCAAGCACUGUGCCAAGGCCCAUCUGGCCCAGCUGCAGAGCACAGAGGAAUUUCUUCACUUACCCCACCAUCUACUCACUGAUAUCAUCUCCGAUGGAGUUCCAUGUUCCCAGAACCCAACAGAGGCAAUAGAAGCCUGGAUCAAUUUUAAUAAAGAAGAAAGAGAGGCGUUUGCAGAGUCACUUAGGACUAGUUUGAAGGAAAUUGGGGAGAAUGUGCACAUUUACCUGAUCGGGAAAGAGUCAUCUCGUACUCACUCGUUGGCUGUGUCUUUACACUGUGCUGAAGAUGACUCCAUCAGUGUAAGUGGCCAAAACAGCUUGUGCCACCAGAUCACUGCGGCCUGCAAGCAUGGCGGAGACUUGUAUGUGGUGGGAGGGUCCAUCCCACGGCGCAUGUGGAAGUGCAACAAUGCUACUGUGGACUGGGAGUGGUGUGCACCAUUGCCUCGGGACCGGCUCCAGCACACCCUGGUGUCUGUGCCUGGGAAAGAUGCUAUAUAUUCACUGGGUGGCAAGACACUGCAGGAUACCCUCUCCAAUGCAGUUAUCUAUUAUCGGGUAGGUGAUAAUGUCUGGACUGAGACAACCCAGCUAGAGGUGGCUGUGUCAGGAGCUGCUGGUGCCAACCUCAAUGGGAUCAUCUACUUACUAGGGGGGGAGGAGAAUGAUCUGGACUUCUUUACCAAACCAUCCCGACUCAUUCAGUGUUUUGACACAGAGACAGACAAGUGCCAUGUGAAGCCCUAUGUGCUGCCCUUCGCUGGCCGCAUGCAUGCAGCUGUGCAUAAGGACCUGGUAUUCAUCGUGGCUGAAGGGGACUCCCUGGUAUGCUACAAUCCCAUGCUAGACAGCUUUACGCGGCUUUGCCUUCCUGAGGCCUGGAGCUCUGCCCCAUCCCUCUGGAAGAUCGCCAGUUGUAAUGGGAGCAUCUAUGUUUUUCGGGACCGAUAUAAAAAGGGGGAUGCUAACACCUACAAGCUUGACCCUGCCACUUCAGCCAUAACUGUCACCAGAGGCAUUAAGGUGCUGCUUACCAAUUUGCAGUUUGUGUUGGCCUAAGGCAGUGUGCAAAGAGCGGCUGACUUGCCCUCUUUCCCUUUUUCAGCACCAACCCAUCCAAUACCAAGUCCCGAUUCAGAAUACUAUGGUUUUGGGGGGCACAUGUUAGAAAAGCAGCACCUUACCCCUUCCCUGAACCCAUAGAAGUAUCUGUUGGGGCUUUUUAGACUGCUGCUGCUGAGCUGGCUGCUUGCACUGAGUAGGCCAGCCUAUUCUCUGCCACCCCCUGGUCAGCCUGUGCCUCACUACAGAUUCCUUAGAGCAAGCAAGCCUCUCUUUAGACCUUGGGCACACCCUCCCCCCUUUACCUGAUCAAUGUUAAAUAGAAUCAUCCCCAUCCCCAUCCCAAGGAAGGAGAAAAGAUGCCCAGUCUUCCUUUUUUUCUAUAGCCUGCAAAGUGGCUAGUUGGUAAUUUUUCCACAAAGAAUUAGGUGUUAAGCGUUUUCCUUCAGGCUUUGGUGGGAGAAUGGACUAAGCUGAAGGUGUCCUUCACCAGCAACAGUCAACUCUAGAAUACAGAAUAUUCUGUCUCUUGUUUUGUCAUAUAUCGUCAGGAAACAUAUACUUUGGUUUUAUUUUUGGCUAACUCCAAGGGGUAAGCCAGAAAGAAGUAGAAAGGAUUAUUUCUGAUUAAUAGCAGAAACUUUUUUCAAAUUCAAUACAUAAAGGUCUCUACUCUUUAAAUAGCUCUAAUUAAGUCAAGAGCUAAGAACUGUUCAUACAAAUAAAAGUUUUUGAAGGGA